AUGGACCAAGACAGCCGGGAGCUUCAAAUGCGCCAAAAUAUUGCCGUCAUUAAAACCGUCGCCUUUUCCGUCGAAGAAGUCAGACGCGUCCUCAGUCACAUAAAACCUGAUAAGUCUCCUGGACCCGACGGAAUUCCCGGGCUGAUACUUAAGGAGCUAUCAACGGAGCUGUCAAAGCCUCUUUCGACUCUCUUUGAGCUGUCAAUGAGAACAGGAAGGCUGCCAUCACAGUGGAAGACAGCUAACCUCGUCCCCUUACAUAAAGGCGGUAGCAGGAUGGCAGCAAGCUGUUUCAGGCCUAUUAGCUUAACUUGCCUCCCUUGCAAAACGAUGGAAGCUAUAGUAAAGAACGCUAUACAGCAAUUUUGUGAAGAAAAUAACAUCUUACGGGAUUUUCAACAUGGCUUCCGAAGAGGACGUUCCUGCCUCUCAAAUCUGCUAGCUUGUCUGGAGAUCUGGACCAGGGCUCUAGAAGAGGGUUUUGAGGUCGAUGUCGUGUACAUCGAUUUCCGCAAAGCUUUUGACACUGUCCCACACCAACGUCUUCUUCACAAAUUGAGCGACAUUGGCAUCCAGGGAGAUCUUCUGAACUGGAUUAGGGCGUUUCUGGUUGGUCGGAAACAACGUGUCUGUAUCGGGGAUGAUAUGUCAGAAUGGGUGAAUGUGACCAGUGGUGUGCCGCAAGGCUCAGUUCUGGGACCAUUACUCUUCAUCCUUUACGUUAACGACAGCCUUCAGGAACUCGACUGCGGCAAAAUAAUGUUUGCAGACGACGUUAAGCUCUGGCAAGUCAUUAGGGGUCCGAAUGAUCAGAAAUCCCUUCAAGAUAAUCUGCACCGACUGCAAGCGUGGUCGAAGAAAUGGCUUCUAGAUUUCAAUGUGGAGAAGUGUGCCGUCCUUCAUCUGCGUCCAACCAACUCUCAUUCAAAUGAGAGUCUGAGGACUUAUCACCUGAAAGAUAUAAGGCUCCCCGCAGAAUCUUCACAGAAGGAUCUCAGGGUUUGGAUACAGAACAACCUGAAACCAACACUGCAGUGCCACAAGGCUGCAAAAAACGCCAUGGGAGUGCUGCAUGCAAUAUAA